AUGGCAACCUUUAUUGGUCAGGUAUACCCUGGCCUGUUUCUGGCCUUAUAUGGACUGUAUCAGGCAACAGUGGUUUCUAAAGUCAUGAUAUUCAGUGGCUUCCUCCUGUACCCUUCAGGCCUUCCCAUAUAUAAGGAAAGAUGGGCCAGGCUAUGGGAAAUCUCCCAACAGUUCUCCAUGUUCACGCUCCUCACUCUCAUUGGCUUUGUAGAUGUCAUCAGCAAGAAUGUACUGCCCCAGAAGCGUGUGGUCCUAGGAUGCUACUCCCUCCUGCUGCUGCUGCUGGCAUCCCUCAUUCAGGGCUCAUCAGGGAUGGAGCUACAAGUUCAUUCUCUGCUCAUCUUGGUGCUGCUGCUGCCGCUGCACCUCUGGCAUUAUCAUUACAGUCCCAGUUUGAAGAUGACAGGGUCCAAAGAAGCGCCAUAUCAUAAGAGCACUCCAGAACUCUUCUGUAGGCUAAUGCAGGAAGUAGUGCAGCCAGAGAGAAGACCCAGCUUCCCUUCUCUCCUUUCCAAAAGCUCACCCUGA